UGUGUGUGUGUGUGUGUGUGUGUGUGUGUGUGUGUGUGUGUGUAGGGGGUAUAGGUAUGGAGAUGCCAGGCAGCUGGUGAGUGGGGAUGGAAACAGAAAAGGGAAUUCUCCCAACCUGUCUCUGUAGCCCUAGCCCUAGCCCCCUUCUGUGCGGUGGAGGUGGCUGGAAGGAGCAGGAUUAAGCCCAGGGUAUGCUGCGGCCUGCCUCUCCCUGUCCCAUUUCCCACGCUUGUUUCAGAAAGCAUUCGGAGGUUCUGAGAGGUGGCUGGGGAGGAGGGGACAGGGUCAGGUUCGGGUACUCCUUGGGUCUCGGCCUGAUGCCAAGCUGCCCUCACUGGGAAGGGAGUAGAGAGGCCAGUUGGAGGCUGGUGGAAAAAUAGCAGCCUCACCAGGGGAAGGUUUAAAUUCUCACCCUGUGAAAGAAGACACCUCGGGAGCCCGUUGUGGGUGCUUUAUGUGCAGGGACAGCUGGGACCCCAACAGCAUGUUGCCCCAGAGACCCAGCCUGGGAGUGCCUGCCCCUCGGUCACUACUGAGACGAGGUACACAAACAACGGGCCACGAGCACCAGGCACCCCGCUGGCAGGCAGGAGCCUGCCCCCGUCGGCAAGUGCUCUGUUGACAUAAACACAGGGGUGUCCAGAGCCUUGGCAGGAUGCAGGGAGAGGGCCACGGGUCUCCUAGAGUCUGAGGCUGGGAUGGGAGGAGGCCAGAGUUUCCAAUCGCCUCCUGUGUGGGUCACCAUGCUUGGCUUGCCAUGCAGGGCACACUACCCUGUGGGAGAAUGGUGACACCUGGAACUUUAGUCCUGGUCACCAUGGUCUUCCAUUCUAGAGGCCACUCCUGGCACCACCUGGCUCCCAUGGUUGGAUUCUUUGAGGAAAAUGGUCUGAUAAGAAUCAUGGCCAUUAAGUUGACUAAUAGUGUUCCCCUUUGAAGGGAUGUUUGCCGGGUCGAAGAACCUACUGGGAGAAAGUGAUGAAUUUAAUAAUCAACUUUUGAGAGGAGAUUUUCAGCCCGUAGAAAUGUGUUGGAGUAGGUGCAGGUGGAGGGGGUAGGGCUUUUCAGGUGAUCUCCUGAGCAAAUCAUUCUAGAUGGGCUGGGGGACUUGGAGAUAGACACUAGAGGGACAAAUGAGGCCAAAUAACUACUGUUGUGUCUGGCGUGACACAGAGGGGUUCUCUUGGCUUGCGUGCUAGAAGAGGGGGCCUCCGUGAUGAAGGGUCCUUGAAGCUAGGAAAGAGCCAGGGGCCUUGGUGGACUCUGCUUGAGGAUGAAAGGGGAGGUCCAGAUCCGAGGGGACCCUGACUAAAGUCAGGCUUUGUUUAGAUGGGUCACCUGUGCAUCACUAAUGAGGAUCAGCAAUAAAUCUUUAAAACAAAAGGUUCUUAUGCUUGUUUUCUGGAACUACAAGGAAAGGGAACCCUGGGAAGACUUUGAAACUGGGCUUGGUGUGCAGGGGAUCCCCAGGAGAUAGAGUGGAUGGUGGCCAUGACUUUGGAGUCCUGGCCGGGGCCUGACAGCACUCAGGGGCCUUACGCCUCCCAUAGGGCAUCACCUCUACCUGCCCGUAGGUAGGAGGGGCCGGAGAUGUGCAGAGAAAACACUGCUUGCACGCUGCCCCUCUCCCAGCCCAGCUGACCUUUGUCCACUAGAUGUACACCUACCAGUCUGCUCAUCUCACUUCACCCCUGUGUAUUCGCAUCCUGCAGACAUUGGCAAAGGGAGGAAAUUGAAGGGUUCAGGGGCGAAAGACGGCACCAGGAGACAGUAGACUGAGAGCUAACCCUGUCUUCUGAGGUUGCUAUUUUGCAUGGUGCUGCUCCCCACCUCUCCAGACAUUGGUGAAGGGCUUGUCUCUCCCCUACCUUCCGAGUGAAUCACUUUCAGACACGAUGUGCCCAUUCAGAGGCAGGUGGAAAAACACUGCCCAAGGACAGAGACACACACACAUGUGAUUUGGAUGGUGGACUCCUGGGCUGCAUCUGGCAAAGAGAGGAGACAGCUCCGACUCUUUUUAGGCACAGCUCUAGGUAACAAGAGAGGAGGGGCCAAGGGCAGCGUGUACUCCAGGCUGGGCUCAGAACUGGGAAGGGGGGGGGGAAGAGGAAAGGUAAGAGGAAAGGUGGGGAGGCUCGGGGAUUAGAGGUUCCCAUUCAGGAACCAAGGAACUGGUGCUGAGGGGGAUUUUAAGGACGACUUUGGGGUCAGAGGAUGAGAGUUUCGGGUUGAUCCAAGUCAAGCUUCCUUCUAGGGCCAAUAUCCAAAACUAGAGGCAUCUGGAUCCCUGGGCUUGUGGCAUCAGUUUGGCCUGGGGAGGUCUGAGUCAUAUGAUAGGCAUGGUGCAUCUUCUUGGAGGGCCAGUUUAACUUCUAGAAUUGGUAACAUAAAUGAAACUGGUAGCAUAUUUGUAAUGCCUACAUGAGAUGGUGACGUAAGGACAAUGACAGAUACUUCUGGGGUGUUCACUUGUUUAAGGUCACGCAGCGAUGGAGCAGCCGGGCACAUUUACUCUUCCCAGCAGUUCCCUAUUUUACAGCUGAGGAGCAUGAAGCACAGACAGUGAAGUCAGUUACUUGUACCCAGUUACCAGUUAAUAAAUGACAGAGUCAGUAUCCAAGCCCAAGCUGGUCUGUCUCCAAGGCCAGAACUGCUAACCACUGGACCCUAUGGCCCUCAUUCCCCAAGCUGAUCUGAUUCCGUGGGUCUGGAACGAGACUGGAGUCCCGGCCAUGCGCAAGUGCCCCACGUGGUCACUGGGCCACACUUGGAGAAGCCUCACAGCAGCUCUUCUCAAUCUGCCUGCACAUUAGAACCACCUGAGAUGUUUCAAAAACUAUUAGGGCCCUUCCCUGCCCCCAAAAGAGGCUUUUUCAGUUGGUCCAGAGUGGGGUGCAGGUGUUAGUGGGCUGCUGGUCAGCACUUUCCUUUAAUAGAACAGUGUGUUCAUUUAUUCAGUCAAUCAUUUGAUCAACAAAGAUGUGUGAACACCUUCUCUGUGCCCUGUGCUGCACUGGGGCUGGGGACACAAAGGUGGGUGGGGCACUGUGUGUGCCCUCCAGGAAUGCAGGUGACCGAUCUGCCCUGCUGGGCAGAGCACACCCUUUGUGGAGGCGGGGACAAUGCAGAUUCCUUCUCGCUAGUCCUCCCUUGGCAAGCUCCAGGAAAAGCCAGUCUCCUUCUCAAAUGAUGGUGUCCUCUGGCUGUUCCCCUCUGUGUGGUCCUUGGCCCCCACCUGAGAGGGCACAGUUGGUUCUAGGCGCAAAACUCAGCUCACAGAACCAAAGGCUGUCAAAGCAAAAUGGGCCCUGAGGGACCAUCCGUGCCUGGAGCUCUCAAAUUUUGGUGAGCGCAGGUGACAGAAGUGCUGGGAGCUUGUUAAAUCUAAAAAUGCAUGAAGCCCACCCCAAAAGUUCUGAUUCAGAAUCUGGGGUGGGGUCCAAGGAAUACACAUUUUAAUAGGCUCCUGGCUGGUUCUGGGACACGCUCAGCAGUGGUUCUCAGGUGGGCUGCACGUGAGGAGGUCCUGGGAGUUUUAAAAACACCAAGGCCCAGGCCCAUCCCUAGAGAGUCUGGUCGGUAUUUUUAAAAGCUCUUGCCGCAAGGCGCCUGGCCUUCCAGCUGGCCUUGUUUUAGGAUUUGGGGAGGCAGCCCUGGGGCAGUCACUCCUUGCCACCAUCCGGGCUUUGAAACAAGAGGAGUAGGAAACAAGAGGCAGGAAGAGAUGAAAAGAAAAAAGCCAAUGAGAAGGUUUAGAAAGAGAGAAGGGUGGACAAGACACUCCUACUGAAAUCACUACAUCUCUUUUUUUUUUCAACUUUUUUUCGUAUAGUAAUAAUAAUGAAUUGAAGCAAAAACCCAAUAGUAUGAGUAUAUGAAAACAAAAAUAAAAAAUGAUCUAUAAUCUUACUUAUACAUUCAUAUGUAUCAGAUAAUGACAUAAGGUACUGGUAUAACAUAUAUAACCAUAUCAUGUAUUAUUGUAUAGUCAUUAGUAUAAUUAAUGUACUGAAUUAAUAAAAUAGAUGAAUUAAACAGAUUAAUAUAACAUAUUUUUAUAUAUAAUACAUAAUAUAUAUUUGUAUUUACAUAUAAUACAUAGUAUAAAAUAUAUAACUUGACACCUAUAAUUGGUAUCCUUUUGACUUUGCUUUUCUGUUUUCCUUUUAUGUAACUUUUCAAAUACAUUUUGUUUUUCAGGUAAUCAAUAAUCUAAGUCCUAAACUUUGGGAUCAGGUUUGGGAGGGCAUGUGAGUGGAGAUGGUGCACCCGCCCUCCGAAUACGUGCAUUCACACCUUCAUUCACGUGUGCACACUCACACACAUGCAGACAUGCUCAUUCCAGCCCUGCCACCCUAGACAUCACACCCUCAAAGUUCAUUAACAGGAUUUUAUUCAUUUAUACAAUUAAAUUAAUACUUAUUAAUACAGGAUUUAUUAAUUUAUAUUAAGUAUAAAAUAAGUCUCUUCCCUUUUCCCCAUGUCUCUGAAUUCUAAUGGAAAGUGGCAGUGGAGGGCCCAGGACAGUGGCCACAAUGGGACGCGUCACCUGUGGGGAAUUGUCAAUCCCUGGCCGCUUCCCCUGCUCCCCAGCCCACGUGCCUCAGUUGCUUUCCUCCCCCAUGGGCUGAGGCUGGUGGUCUGGACAAAGGCUGUCCCUUCACAGGUGAUAGGUGAUGGAUUGAUCACAGUGAGCCAGGCCAGGUAGGGCAGCGGGAGCAGGGCAGCCAGUUUGUUGGUGGGGUGCCAGAUCAGUGCCAUGCUCACCACCAGCCUGAAGAGCAGCAGCAGGUGCGGCAGGGCCUGGGCAGGGGGCAGGGCGGUCAGGCAGGCUGCCCUGGGAAGUGGCCCUUGACCUUUCUGCAGCAUCCUGGACCCAGCGAGUCCAGUUCCUGGCUCAGAGAAGUCUGCCCAGCCGUUACUGCCUGCACCCGAUUGACCUGCCAUUCCAUCUGCUUCUGAGUCCUGGCAGCCCCCCAUUUCCCAUGCUAUUCCGGUGCUGAGCCCUUAUGACUUUCCAGACCCAGGGAGUGGGCUAGGAAGAGAAUCAGGACAACCCAGCUGAUGGCGAGCUGCGCAGCAGAGAGGCCUAGAGGCAGGGCCAGGGCCCGCCCGAAGCCCCCUCCCAGGUCCUUCCACACCAGGUAGGAGGCAUAGCUGUGGAGAGAUGUUGGCAGAAACGCUCAGAGGAGAGUGUUUCCAUGGUAAAUGGAGGAAGCCUUCUGGCGUAAGGCAUUUUGGUUACCAACAGGUAAUCCUCCUGGGCUGAAAAGGGGUAAGUGGGUCUAGGCUUCAUUUGAGGGCUGGGGCAGGGAAAGUGGUGGGAAGAAGUGGGCUUGGUGAUGUGGGGAGGGGAUGGAGAGACUGGGAGAGGGUGGAAGAAGACGGGCUGGAAUCCAAGGCAGGUACAGAGGGGACACAUCAGAGGAGGCAAGAUGAGGUACCAGCCCUUUGGAGGUCAGAAUGCAGCAGCACUUCAGGGAUGGGAGACUUGUUCCCACCCCAUGACAUGAGAAAUGGGUCCUCACCCUAUGACAGGGUAGAUGGUUGUCCACACAAGCAACAGAACCUUGUGGGAUGGGCACCGGGGUAGCUACUUCAGGCUGUCACACCAACCAGACAUCCAAUGAUUGGUGAACAGCCUGACCAGGGUGGGCCCUAGGAGUGCCAGGGCCACGAAGAUGACCCCUUGAGGCCACAUUCUCCUCAAGGAGGCACAAUCUGGGGAGGCAGAGAACACACUAAUGGUAGCCUUCCCCUGGUCCUUUCCCUGUGUCUGCCCAUCUGUCUCCUUCUACCUGAGCCCUCGUAGGAGGUCUAGUCCUAGAGGCUGCGUUGGGCCAGCUCCCAUCCUGCUCCUCUGAGCCCACAUCACCUUUUCUGUUUUCCAUGCACUUCUUUUCUCCACACCACUCAUUUGGCACCGAGUAUACUGUCCAGUAUUGAUACCUGCUUCUUAGUGAAGACUCCUCUUCCCCAACUUGUGUCUGACUCCUGGAUCUCAGGUCCAGCUACGCCUGUCUUUUCUGCCUCCUACAGCAGGUGGCACUUGGCCAGGUACGUAGCAGGCCCUCGAUGGGACAGUGUCUUAGACUGAAUUCAACCAAGUUGCCAUAACCAACCUGGAAGAACCACGUUUGGAAGGCAGGAGCCAGAGAUCCCUGGGAGUCUUUUUUGGUCCAGAAUGGGCCAGCCCAUCUGCCCCGGCUUACGUUGCUGUACCAGACUGGCAGACUACAGGAGCCCACCCCACCUGAGCACCUGCCCAAAUUCGAACUCAGCAGAGUGACACUGUAGGUGCCUUUCUCUGAAGCUCUCAUCUACCUCUCCGGGGCUGGGGGAGGUUCCCCUUCCAUCUUUCCACUUACAGAGGGUCAGGGCCACCUACAUGAGCACCCAGAUUUCUUGUGGCCUGACUUCUCAAGGAAAUAACUGCCUGGUCUCUGAUGAAAAUGCUGCCAUGUUCAUUUGCAUUUUGCUUUGUUAAGUCAUUCGCAUGUGGGGUGAUGCACAGACCCUCCUCCAACCAAGGCCCCCACCCAAUAUCAUGCUUCUUCUUUGCCUGUGAUAUUUCAGCCUCCUGCCCAUGAUUGAUGUGAUUGAUUAUUCUCAGUGUUCUGGAGUGACUGCCCACUCCAUACUUUCUUGUCAAGGAUGCAGGAACAUGUCCUGGAGGUUCUAGGGACAGGGCUGACCAGCCUGCCGGCCUGGACACCUUUCUAUUUAUCUUUCUCUGCUCUUCACCAUCCAUGUCUUCACUUUCUGCCUUCCUGUCUCUCUAUCUGUUUUCUUUUUUUCUAUCCAGUGUCGGAGGGCCCCCCUCCUUGCUCCAAUCCUUUCUUCUUGUUCUCCUUCACUCCUGGCGUCCCCUUAUUUAUUCCCAGGCCUGUGUUCCCCUUACCUCAGGCAGCACAUCUCCCAGACUGAGUGCCUGCUGACAUAUGAUGUGGAAGGCAGAGGGUGGGAGGUGGGGGGAGGGGUGGAGUGGGGCUCCCAGCUGGGCUGCCUUUCUCCAGUCACAAGGGUGGUGACAUUGGCUGGGGAGUUCAGAUUGCAUGGCCCUGAAGGGUUCAUUUCAACAGGGGUCUCCUGAUCUGUUGGACCUGGCCUCUGGAGGGCCCCCCUUAAUGGAACAGUUGAGGCUUUGGCACUGCGAGACCCAGACCUCCUGAGACAGUUCAGCCCCAGGCUGCCAGGCUACUGAUGUCUGUGGUCUCUGCAUCCCAUGAACAGCUUUGUGUCCAUGGGGGUGGUGAGGACCCUCAGAUUUCCCCAGAAUCUUCCUGUAGCUGGGGCUGUCCCCAGGUGAGGCAAGCACCAGCUUCGGAAAUGAGCUCGUGAGACAUGGACACAGUCCCUGGUUAUAAUCUGUAGUUGGCAUGGCCCUUCCAGGCUUGGAAUCGAGCUUGACAGAUGUUUCACAAACCCCUGGGAGCUCAUGACUCAGAGGAGAAGGCAGCCUUCUGUAUGACUCAGAAAGAGCUCUGUCCAGCAAAGACUAACACCUCCCCUCUUCGUCCCUAUCAAAGUUCUGAGUGCCUCUUCCUCGCUUGUCCUUUAGACAGGAGGUCCCCUCCCCAGGUUGGUGGCUCUCCACUAUUCCUUUGCCCCAUCUCUCCACUUUGGGGACCUGGGCACCCCUAGGAGGCAUUUAUCCCAUCCUCCCAGGAAAGGUAGCAGAGGGGAGGGGGUUUUAGUCUAGGGCAGGAGGCCAGGGAAUCAUUAACUAAGAUGAAAGCAGCAGCAGUUACUUAUUUUCUAGGACAGAUGAUCACUGCCGGGCUGGGGGAGUUCACCAUGGUUCCUCUGCUGCAGGAGGUCAAAACGUGGUGACAAGUUACCACUUAGCGAGCACCCAUUUUGCACACACUUGAUAUUUAUUAGUUUGAUAAUGACCCAUCAUUGUCCCUUGCAAGGUAAAUAUAAUCAUGUGCAUUUGACAGACAAGGAAAGUGAGCCUCAGAGGGUUGAGCAACUGACACAGCCAGUGGGUGGGUCACUGGGUUCAGUGCUGGCAGUCUGGAUCCAAAAUGCCUCCUCUUUUCUCUCACCGAUUCAUUCAUUCAUUCAAGUCUUUAGUGAACAGCUACUAUGGGCUGUACCAGGAGCUGAGGAUUCAGCAGUAAACAGCUGGAAAAAUCAUCCCUCUGCACAGGGAGCUUCAUUCCAGUGGCAUUGUCUUUCCUGGGCAGUUUCUAAGGAAGGACUUAGACUGGUAAACGGCCACAAUUUCAGCUCUCCCCUAAGUGGCAGUGUCCCUGUGGGCAGUGGAAAGUGUGCUGGGAGGGAGCAGAUAUGGGUACACCCAAUGCUGUCAGCAACUUGUGGGUUGACAGCCCUCUCAGUGCCUCCACUAGCAUAUCUGUGUGGGAAGUGGUGGAACUGGGUAUGGUCUUUGCUCCCUGGGCAGGCCGCCAUGGUAUCCCCUGGGGGCUUCUUAAAGAUGCAGAACUUCAGGUCCCACCCCAGAUCUAUGGGAUCAGAACACACAUUCUUACAGUGUUUGUGUGCACAUUAUAGUUUGAGAAGCUCUGGUUAGGGUUCCUCCUCUGAUCUUGUGCCAUUUCAACAGCCUCUGGCUGGGGAUGGUCACUGACCAGUAGAGGGCACUGUAGAGGGGUUUCACCUGUAACACGUUGUCUCCCUCUGUCCCCUCCCUUCCAGACCUAGACUGGUAAGUCCACCGAUUUCUGGGAUCCUCGGCUGCUCCCUCACCUCGGCUGGACUUUGCCAAAGGACGGAGACAGACUCCCCCACCCCUCUUCAGGGCGGCUAGGAGGAGGACUCUGCCAGGAAGCGGGAAGCGCCACUCCUGCCUGGAUUCCCCGCCCACCUCCACUUGUCUGCUGGCCUGGUGACGGGGUCUGGCUGACCUUUCUGUUUCUCAGCGACAGAGCUACUGUUCCUGGACAAGCCGGCAGCCUCUGGGAGCCCCUACACACCACUUUGGAAGCCAAGUCUCACCUCCGUGACCUUGAAAAGGCUCAUCUGGCACUGACUCCUUUUUUCCCCUGAGCCCUUGUCCUCUGCUGGCACAGGGGUGCAGGGGAUCUGGCAGCAUCGAGUGACCAGGUGGAUGUGCUCCCAUGAGAGUUCCCUCCAACCCGCCCAGUUCCUACUGCUGGUGGGGGUUCCGGUGGCCAGUGCCGUCCUUCUGGCCCAGUGCCUUCGAUGGCGCUGUCCUCGCCGGCUGCUGGGUGCCUGCUGGAAGCUGGAGAGCCAGGAGGAGCCAGUGUCCCAUUCCACUCCCCCGCCAGAAAAUGAGUCCUCCGGGCAGUGCCCACCAGCUACGCUGCAGGAGAUGGCCGCCUUCUACCAGGAACUGCACACACCCACCCAAGGCCAGACCGUCAUCCGCCGGCUGAUGCACAAGCUGCUGGUGUUUUCGGCUCGAGAGGUGGAUCACCGAGGUGGCUGCCUGAUGCUCCAGGAUACGGGCAUUUCCCUGCUCAUCCCACCAGGUGCUGUGUCUGUGGGACGCCAGGAGCGCGUGUCACUGAUCCUGGUGUGGGAUCUGUCAGACGCCCCUUCACUGUCCCGAGCCCAGGGGCUGGUGAGCCCCGUGGUGGCGUGUGGCCCCCAUGGGGCCUCCUUCCUGAAGCCCUGCACCCUCACGUUCAAGCACUGUGCCCAGCAACCCAGCCACGCCCGCACCUACAGCAGCAACACGACCCUGCUGGAAGCCAAGGCCUGGAAGCCCCUGGGGCGGCCAGGAGACCACACCUCCCGGGAUGAAUGUCGCAUCCUCCUCUCCCACUUCAGCCUCUACACCUGCGUGCUGGAGGCACCGGUGGGCCGGGAAGCCCGCAAGUGGCUGCAGCUGGCCGUGUUCUGCUCGCCUCUGGCUCCGGGGCAGUCCCACCUGCAGCUGCGCGUCUACUUCCUCAACAACACGCCCUGUGCCCUGCAGUGGGCUGUGACCAACGAGCAGCCGCACGGCGGGCGCCUGCGUGGGCCCUGCCAGCUCUUCGAUUUCACCGGGGCCCAAGGGGACCAGUGCCUGAAACUCAAAUACAUCUCCGAGGGCUGGGAGAAUGUGGACGACAGCAGUUGCCAGCUGGUCCCCCAUCUGCACAUCUGGCAUGGAAAGUGCCCCUUCCGCUCCUUCUGCUUCCGCAGAAAAGCAGCCAGUGAGAACGAAGACUGCUCGGCACUGACCAAUGAGAUCAUCGUCACCAUGCACACCUUCCAGGAUGGUUUGGAGACCAAAUACAUGGAAAUCCUCAGAUUUCAAGCAUCAGAGGAGGAAUCCUGGACAGCGCCACCCCCUGUCACCCAGCCACCCCCAUGCAAUAGGCUGCCCCCAGAGCUCUUUGAGCGGCUGCAGAUGUUGCUGGAGCCCAAUAGCAUCACAGGCAACGAUUGGCGCCGACUGGCCUCCCACCUGGGGCUCUGCGGUAUGAAAAUCCGGUUCCUGUCCUGCCAGCGCAGCCCCGCGGCAGCCAUCCUGGAGCUGUUCGAGGAGCAGAACGGCAGCCUGCAGGAGCUGCACUACCUCAUGACCAUCAUGGAGCGGCUGGACUGCGCCUCCGUCAUCCAGAGCUACCUGAGCGGGACGCAAAGCGGCAGCCCAGCCCCGGUCCGCGGGGGCGCCCAGGAGAACCAGGGCCUGGAGCUGGACGAGAAGUUCUGAGCGCCCUGCUGCGGGGCAGGGUGGGGCGCUGUCCACGGGGAGGCCGUGGGUGUGCCCCGACACGUAGGAAGAACACAGCAUCUGUUCCUGUCUGUGCCCAUCGACCUCACUGGGGUCG